AUGUGAUACAACUUGACUAUUUGAAUGUCGUGUGAUUGAGGGAACCAAUUCGUAGAAUGACCUACCUUAUACAAACCAGAUUGCCGUUGACCAGCUGCAUUAGCAUUAAUCAUCUAAGCUAAAAAAUGGCAAUAAUGAGGAAGGCUCCCCUUACUUUCCACUGAAUGUCCUUCAACUUUCAUGGGCAAGAGAUAUAAUUCGUGACAGAGAGAACUUGUUAAGAAUAUGCAGGGCCGCGUUCAAGCAAUGCAGAAUAGGGACAGGGAGAACUUGUUAAGAAUAUGCAGAAGAAAGAGGGAGAGUGCGGGAGAGAGAGAUAGAGAGAAAGCAUUUAUACAGAAUGGAAGCAGGGUACUUGAGAAGCUUGUUGCCACUUCUAAUGGCAAGCCCAUCCCCAUCCAUAACUUCUCCUAUGAAGAGUUGAGAACGGCGACAAAUGACUUUGAUCCUCACCUCAUUAUUCAUAGAAACAGGUGGUAUAAAGGGUAUAAAGGUUAUAUCAAAGACCGAAUUGCAUUCAUUAAGAAGGCGACAUGUGACUCUGCAGAAGAGGUGUUCACCGAUAUAGCAAUUACUGUAAAGGUGAGUGAUCACAAGAAUGUUCUAAAGCUAGUUGGUUGCUGCCUCGAGACUGAAAUUGUCAUUUUAGUGUAUGAAUUUGCUGGGAAGGGAACCCUGAGGGAUCGAUUUGUAGUCUCUGAUGAACCCAUGACGAGGCAGGGUAGGUUAAAGAUGGCAAGGGAGAUUGCUCAUGCAACUUCAUAUCUCCAUACAGCAUUCUCUAGACCCAUCAUCCAUACGAAUAUCAAUCUCGACACUGUCUUUGUAGACCAAAAUGAUAUUCCAAAGCUAACUGGUUUCUCUUUUUCUUUAAUAAUACCUGAGGGUGAAAUUCAUGUAAAUGAUAAUUGGAAGCGUGGGAUGACUACUCUAUUCCAAUGCCCCAACUAUUUUGCUACGGGCUGCAUAACUGAGAAAACUGAUGUCUAUUGCUUCGGUUGGCUUCUGUUGGAGCUUUUGACCGGAAAGCGGUGCCUUGAUUCAUGGCAAAUAGGUCCUAAACUGAACGUACUAAGUCAAUUUAGAAAUUCUCCUAUAAAUACGAUUGUGGAUCCUGAAAUCCUGGCAGGUGAAGGAAGAGUCGGUGUGGAACAGCAAUUGCAAGCUGCAAUGGACCUUGCCUUCAGUUGCAUUGUAGAGGAUCCAAUCAAAAGACCAACCAUGGUUGAUGUUACCAAAGAACUCAGACGAAUUGAGAGGUCUAUCCCAUGAUUCUUCUUCACUCGGGAGGAAAAGCCGAUUCCGAGACACUGGAGGUGCUACCAAGUAGUAUAUCGGAGUGCGCAUUUUGGUAUUUGUAUCAAUAUCCCGUGACACCAGGGACUUCAAAUGCUAUCCUAUGUAGUAAUCCAUUUGAUAUGAAUACACAAACUUUGCAACUCAAACAUUUAGUGCACGCAUGUUUAUGUAUCAAUUAGGGCAGACAGAGAGAGUAUGAGAUUAAACUAAAUGAGAGAGAAUAUAAGAUUAGGAUAAAUGAGUUACUUGCAGCAAUAGAAAUGACAAAUCAGUUCUUUUCUA